AUUCUCUCUCUCCAAAAGCAACAGUUUCCUUUCUCUCUCUAAUUUCCCCAAAUUCUCUUCCCGACGUCAAACAUCUGAUUAUUCCAUUCAUUCUUUCCACUUCUUUUGCUACGGAAUCUGUUUUCUAGGGUUCCGAAAUGGACUGGACCAAUGUAACGGCUGAAGAUCUGGUCGAAGCCCUUCGAGAAGUGGACUGGUCCUCGCCUCCUCGCCCUUUCUCAGAGUUCUUCUCCAGGUUCACCGUUCCUCGAUCGUACUCCAAAUGGAACAGUCGCCUCAAGUGCAAUCUCUACUACUACAGGACGAAUUACUUCAUCAUGAUAGUAUUCAUCCUGGGACUAGGAUUUUUGAGGAGGCCCAUUUCUAUUGUUGCUGCUGCACUAACGGCACUUAGCAUUGCUAUUUUGAAUGAUAGCUUUGCAGGUACUUUCAAUGAAAAGGUGACUAGAACUGUGAGGCAGUUCUCUCCACAUUUAGCUGCAAAGAUGAGGCCUCCUCUUACACCUGUAAUACGAGGACGAUCUUCAGCUAAGAGAGCAAUAUACAUUUGUGGACGGCCUCGUUGGGUUUUCGUACUUCUGUUUUCUUCUUUGAGUUUUACCCUCUGGUUUGUUUCUUGUGGACUAUUGACUGUUCUGUGGGCUCUAGCUUUUGGUCUUCUUGCUACCAUUCUUCAUGCAAGCUUUAGGACACCAAAUCUUAAGGCACGGCUUAACACAUUCCGUGAGGAGUUUCGAGCAGUUUGGCGCAACUAUAGCGAGCUGUAGUUUUCCAUAUACAUUUUCACAAGUAAUGAUUUUUCCCCCUACAAAUAGGCCUAAUCAGACACAUCAAUGAACAAACU